AUGGGUGUCUCCGUCACCACGAGCCUCCUCACCGCCUGGCAUGCCGCUGCUGUCAUCCUGUUCCUCCUCAUCAUUCGGGGGGCUAUUCUGCGAAAACGCAGGGGACCGAUGCCUCCUGGUCCCGUUGGUUGGCCCAUCAUCGGCAACGCGCUAGAUAUUCCCCUGAACCACAGCUGGAAAACAUUUGCCAAGUGGGGCGAGCGAUGGGGGAAUCUGAUGUCUGUAGUCCUCCUUGGGCAGCCAAUGGUCAUCAUCAACUCGUACAAGCACGCGUACGAGCUGUUGGAGAAGCGGUCUGCGAUCUACUCUGACCGCCCUCACAUGGUCAUGGCCGGCGACAUCGUAGGCUGGGACCAAAUUCUCGUACUCCUCAGAUACGGUAACCAAUUCCGCGAAUACCGCCGACUCAUGGCGCGCGUCCUCGGCUCGCGCAAGAGCGUGGAGGAAUUCGUCCCAAUCAUCGAAGAGCAGACAGGGAAACUUCUAGCUCGUCUCCUCCGUGAGCCCGCGUCUGACUUGCCGUCACAGAUUCGCAAGAUGACUGGGUCAAUAGUUCUAAUGAUAUCGUACGGGUAUGAACCACAGGAGAACGAUGAUCCUCUGAUCAGGAUGGCAGACGAGGCCACGGAGCAAGCUGCCGAAGUCGCCCAGCCUGGCGCAUUUUUCGUUGACGUCUUCCCAUUCCUGAAGUACGUACCGUCGUGGAUGCCCGGCGCCGGAUGGAAGCGCAAGGGUGAGAGGUACAGGGCGAACAUGGACCAGAUGAGCGCUGUUCCACACCAAUUCGUGAAGGAUAAAAUGGGGGCUGGGACGGCGCUCCCAAGCUUUACAUCCACGAUGCUUGCCGGCAACCCGGCUCCAGACGAGGAGUACAGGAUCAAGAUGUCGGCCGCCUCGAUUUAUUCCGGUGGUGCGGAUACGACUGUAUCGGCCGAGCUGACGUUCAUCCUCGCCAUGAGUUUAUGGCCGGCGGUGCAGAAGAAGGCGCAGGAGGAGCUGGAUGCUGCUGUAGGACAUGACCGUUUGCCAACCUAUGCCGAUGUCGUGCAAUUGCCAUACUUGAAUGCAAUAUACCUCGAGACGCUUCGUUGGAACCAAGUUGUUCCACUCGGUGUGCCCCAUGCCACCCUGGAGGAUGAUGUCUAUGAGGGCUAUUUCAUCCCCAAGGGCAGCAUAGUCUGCAUAAACCAGUGGAAUAUUUUGCACGACCCGGAAAUUUACGCCGAUCCCUUUACCUUCAACCCAGAGAGGUUUCUUUCUGGGCAUGGCAAGGAGCCUGAGCUGGAUCCCCGCAAAGUUGCGUUCGGCUUUGGCCGCCGCAUCUGCCCCGGAAUCCAUCUCGCGGAGUCCUCCGUACUUAUGGUCGCUGCGAUGCUUCUCUCGGUGUUCAAUAUCAAGAAUCCCCUGAACGAACAUGGUAUCCCCAUUACUCCACAAACCGCAGAACACACCGGCGGAACCAUCAGUCACCCCGCACCUUUCACGUGCACGAUUGAACCACGAUCUGACAAGGCAAAAGCCUUGAUUCUCGCGUUGCAAGAGCGCAGUUAG